UUUAAUAGGCGAUGAUGAUAACUGGUCUCCCCCAUCUGAGUCAGACAUGAAAAUUUUGAGAGCACGUCGGGAGCAUCAAGACAAGGUUAGCCGGUUGAUGGGAGAUUAUCUGUUAAAAGGAUACAGAAUGCUUGGUGAAAGUUGUGAUACAUGUGGGACUAUAUUAUUACAAGAUCGACAGAAGAAAUUACUGUGUAUCUCUUGUCAAGAACUUGAUUCUGACACUGAAAAAGACAACCCAGCCCUGAAUCCUCACGCUGCUCUGUCUCAAGUGCGAGAGCAUCAGCUGUCUCUACAGGAUGACCCUGCUCCGGAAGUCCCUGCUUGUGUUCUCCCCAGGGCAAACCUUGAUCCUGUCCAUGCCAACCCCCCGGUCCCCAAUGCUAUCCGUUCUGCUGAAGCUACACUUUUGGAAAAAAUUAGCUGGGCCUCACAUCAACUAAAAGAAACUAGUUCUGUGGAAUAUAGCUCUCAGUUAUGUGCCCUUAUUGGUUCUUGUGCCCAAAGUCUGCGAUUUCUUCAAGACCUUCGCCACUGA